AUGUUCCGCCCAAUAGUUCGUUGCGGUGCGAAUCAAGCUACAAAGAUCAGCUAUUCUCGGUGUGGUCAUCAAUUUGUUAAUGGGUUCCAUUCAUCUGCUGUGACACUACUAGGGAAGGAACCUAAGUAUGACGAUGCAGAAAUUAUGGCUGAACGCUUGAACAAUGCGAAUUAUGUCGGUAAACGUGUUAAGACAGACUACCAAUGGAAGGACAAGUCAGAGGCGCAAUCUGAAAAAGAGUACUUUGAUAGGAUGGAAAAGUUAGCUAAAUUGUAUGCUGUUCUUCAAGGUCUCCUAUUUGUUGGUGGUGUCAGCGCUAUUGGUACCGCAUAUAUGAUGUGGCCUCAAAUCAAGAAUUGGUGGAUUACUGAAGACAUUCAUGUAAGUGACGAUGUGAUUGAAAAAUUAAAGGAAAAAAAAGAGCGUAGGAAACUGACCGAUAUACCUGUAGUUCCAGCUGACUCGGCUGAUAGUUCAGUUGUGGGGUUGUAUUAUUGGGGACAAAGAUUGGGAACUGAUUCCAAAAAAGCCGUCACCAAGUUCCCAUUGAGAGUUCCAUUUUUCGAUGGUAUGAAACUAAGAGAUGUUUGCUUAACUGAUGAUGGAAGUUACGGAAACCUAGCCGUAGACAAGGACGGAAAUCUAUUUGAGUGGGAUAAUAGUAAAUGUAAUUUACUGUUGAAAGAUCAAAACUUGGUACAAAUCAAAGUUUCGAACGAUGUCGCUUAUGGUUUGAAUAAAAAAGGUGAAGUGCUAGUCAUUCCUUUAAAGGAUAAGAGCUUAUUUUCAGAUAAAAUUAGUUGGUCAAGGUCACUGUUGCUUCCUUGGAAAACGUACUGCCGUUACUCUUGGAAGCUAGACACAAGAUCUGCGUUCCGUUACUCUGGUGAAAAAAAAGUGAUCCAAUUUGACGUUGGUUCAAACCAUUUGGUUCUUCUUUCGAAUAAAGGGAAAGCUUAUACAUGCGCGACUGGUACUAAACACGUUGAAAAUGAAAGAUCUAAAGGACAAUUCGGUAUCCCAACGUUCUCGCAAUUUGAUCCAUACCCCGAAUUGAAUAGGGUAUACGAAAUCGAACUAUUAAAUACCGGUAUUGCUGGUGAUCAUGUCACAUCCAGAUCAAUUUCCAAAAUCGCAUGUGGAGACUAUCACACCCUUGCUUGUGACUCAGUCGGGGAACUUUAUUCUUUUGGUCUAAAUACUUAUGGCCAACUCGGCCAAAGCAUUAGCUACGAUAUGGAAUAUGUACCGUUCCCAAAGAAGGUUAGCAGCUUUAGCGGACACUUUGAGAAACAUGAUUUCUUGAAGUGUGUCGAAAUUAAUUGUUCUGGAAACACGUCCUUUGUUAGUAUACUUCCACAGGAUGUUCAUAGAUAUUUCAAAAACAAGGACUUUGCAAUUGAUAUUGACAAUGACAAGGAUAACAUCACUUAUUUUGCCUUUGGUAAUGGUAUCCAAGGGCAAUUAGGUAAUGGUCAUUUCAAGCAUUCGCAAUCUACUCCUACUCGAAUGAAGGUGAUAAACGAUCUCAAGGAUAAUACCGUAAAUUCUGAUAAGCGCAUCUUGAUCAGAGAUUGGUAUUGUGGAGAGCAGCAUGCUUUUGUAAGAUUAAAGAAUGGUGAGAUUAUGUGCUGGGGUUAUAAUGAAAAUGGCCAACUUGGUAAUGGGAAGAAGAUCAAAUGGGACAAACCAGCUUACAUUCCUAGAUUGUUAGAACCAGGUGAAAGGUUCAACGGCAAGAACCUAGACAUAUUGUACGACGAAAAUAAUAAACUAGUUAUUUCAGACGAACAGAGUCUAAGAGCUGGUAAGGAAGCAUCUUGUUUAUUCUGGAAGGCAUAG